UUAGAAAGUAAAGCUGUAAGCUUCGUCUGCAACUUUCCUUCCCGCCAUGGCUACACCAGCUGAGCCCCCUCUCCUGCCUCUGCCUGAAAACCCACCUCGACCAUCACAGCCCACCCAGAAUCAAUCGACCGUCGUCGUCAAACAAGAAAUUUUAGCCACAGACCCAAAGAAAACCUCCUCUCCCAGCACUUUUCGGCCGCCGGAACCAUCUUCUUCCAUCAGUGAUGUCACCAUCGUCCCCAGCUAUUCAAGGUGGUUUUCAUGGAACAACAUCCACGACUGCGAGCGUCGGUUCCUCCCAGAGUUCUUUGACGGGAAGUCACAUUCGAAGAACCCUAAGAUUUAUAAGUACUAUAGGGAUUCGAUCAUUAAAAGAUACAGAGGGAAUCCUUCGAGGAAGAUCACUUUUACGGAGGUGAGGAAGACAUUGGUUGGAGACGUGGGCUCGAUUCGCAGGGUGUUUGAUUUUCUUGAGGGUUGGGGUUUGAUUAAUUAUACGGCGUCAACGGGUAUGAAGCUGCAGCAGACGAAGUGGGAGGAGAAGGAAAGUAAGUCUGGUGGUGGUUUGGUUUCGACGGGUGGGGAUUCGGGAGGGAGUAGUUUUGAGUCGUCGUUGAAGAGGGUGACCACGAAGAAGUUGUGCAGUGGUUGCCAAUCACUUUGCAGCAUUGCUUGCUUUGCUUGUGACAAGUUUGACUUGACUCUUUGUGCAAGGUGCUAUGUUCGUGGAAAUUAUCGGGUUGGGCUAAGUGCAGCAGAUUUCAGACGAGUUGAGAUCAGUGAAGAUACUAAGACAGACUGGACUGACAAAGAUACACUGCAUCUUAUGGAAGCUAUUUUGCAUUAUGGUGAUGACUGGAAGAAGGUUUCACAUCAUGUAGGUGGCAAAAGUGAGAAAGAAUGUGUUUCUCGUUUCAUCAAGCUUUCCUUUGGGGAGGAGUUUGUAGGGCCUACCGGCUCUGGGGAGCUUGAUAAGUAUUAUCAAACAAAGGACCAGAGCGAUGCUGAAACUGUGGCAGAGAAUAAUGUCUUUUCAUCCCUGACAAAAAGAAGGCGUCUCACACCACUAGCUGAUGCAAGCAACCCAAUUGUGGCUCAGGUUGCUUUCUUGUCGGCUGUGGUUGGUUCCGAAGUAGCAGAAGCUGCGGCUCGAGGAGCUGUAGUGGCUCUAUCAGAGGUAGACCUUACUAAUACUCAAGAAGGGCACAAUGUAAGAAUUUCAUCAAAUACUGAUAAAGCAAGACCAGAAGAAUCUGGCACCACUAAUGGUGAAAACAUCAUGACCGCAUUGCAAAAUGCCAUUCUGGAGGCUCAAGUGUUGCUUGAUAAGGAAGAGAAGGGUGUUGAGAGAUCCAUGUCUGGCAUAGUUGAGGUUCAGAUGAAGGAGAUUCAGGAUAAAAUUAUCCAUUUUGAGGAAGUUGAACUGCAGAUGGAGAAAGAGUGGCAGCAACUGCAGCACAUGAAGAGCCUGAUUUUUGUUGAUCAGCAGAAUCUUUUGCAUCAAAGAACGAUUCCAGAAUCAAAGAUCGGGGGAAGCAUAGGAGAGAAAUUCAAAACUACAGAUGCUGUUACAUGACCUUCCACAUGUAUCAUACCAAAGAACAACUUUUACAUUUUCCUCCUCUACAAAAGCUUAGUCUUUCUUACUUUCCUCCCAUUUUCCCUCCAUUUAUAGGAAAGUUCUAUUGAACAGAGAGUCAGAUUACAUGUAGAUGAUUAUGCAGAAAUUGAAGAUUCCUAUGAAGAAUAAUACUUGCUCAU